CCAAGCUGGGCACCACGUUUUUGCUAAUACGGACCCAAGGAUAAACGCACUGAUAUGCCAGGUUGCAAACAGUAGUAUUAACAGCCGCAGAUUUAAGGCUCAAAGACAAAAAAAUGUUUUACUGCCAUGUGGUAUGAGGAGUGUAUGCAAUAUGACGUUAAUAUGUAUGAGCCUUUCUACGGGAGCUUUGUGGCGUUGCCGGACCUAUAUUCACUCCAAGCGCGAUACGACUUAAUCAUCACAUCGCCAAGCGGCACACGAGUGCACGAAAUCUAUGGCGAGCCGGAGACGAAGUUUCACCUGGUCCCGUACGAGACUGGCAAGUACCGGUUCUGUUUGCGUCUGAACCAGGAGAAGACUGGUAGUCGCUACGUGCUAUCCCGGGAGGUAUUGUGGGACCUCCACUUGGGGCACUCGGAGCACCAUGCGGAGAACGUAAAGGAGCACGACACCCAGGGCCUCUGGCACUACGUGCACCAGGUGGACUCGCAGCUACAGCAGCUGCGUGCCACUCAGCAGUACCUGUACUGGCGGGAGCGACGGCACCGCAUGACAGUGGACUCCACCAACCAGCGGGUGCUGGUAUACGCAUUGGUGCGCAACGGCGUGCUGGUGCUGGUCAGUUUGCUACAGACGUUUUUCAUCCGCCGCAUGUUUGCCAAGGCGGCGAACUAGCAGCAGCAGCGGAAGCAGCCGCAAUGUAAAGAGAUGACGGUUGCGACGCCUUGUGAAUAGGGUUGGAAGCAGUUUGAGACGUGUGGAGCGAACUGCGAGCUGAGAGGUGGAGUGGAGUAGUGCUGUAUUAGGGGGAGGCAUGGCUUUG